GUUUUUUGUCGUAAUCUAUUAAUCUUAAUUCAAAUUUAGGAUAUCUAAUAUUCGCAUACAAGACAAUGGAGCAUAUGUUUACAAAGGACUUUGCGGCAAGCUGGAAAACUUGGACUGGUGCCAGACUGUUGUGCCAAAUGCUUCCAGACAAGUACAACGUGAAGAGGUUGACGCAACUCUUUGUAAUGCUUUGGCUGUCUCUGAAGACCAACAUCUUUAUGCUUACACAACGUCUCUGAAGGUUAACUACAGCAACCAUACAGAGCCCGAGCAGAAAAGAAACUUCAGAUCGGAGGAGACACAAACUGAUUUAAUCGAUAGACCCUCAAUGCGUCGAACUCUGCCAAGAUUUUUCUUUUGUCUGGAUAGGAUAUCUCUAUGUCUCAAAUUGGCAGCAACGGGAGGAGACGAAUGCAUCGGUUGUUCAUCUUUUGAAGGUGAUACUAUUCCAUGCAUGGAAGCAUUCCAAGGGACAAUCUCCAUCUACGAUUUUCCAUCUAUGAAAAAUUCGAUGGAAAACCCACACAAAAAUGCUGAACUUGUCCAUGAGCUUACUCCAACUCAUCAAUGCGUUAUUGCUGAUAGAAAUUCUGCUUCACCUUCUGACAUUUUCCAAGACAAGAAACAUUCCCCAAUUCCAGUUGCACUUGUCCAUCCACUACCCAGCACACCCACAGGCGAGGAUAAUUAUGUCAUCAAUCCAAAAAAAGACGACGCAAAAUAG